GAGGACCAGGGCUGCGGGCUUCGGGCUGGGAUCCAGGCGGCGGGACCAGUUCGAGCUGUCUGAAGGCGGAGCUACAGGGCCUGCGAGGAUGCUGGCUGUCCCAGAGAUGGGCCUUCAGGGGCUGUACAUCGGCUCCAGCCCAGAGCGCUCCCCGGUGCCCAGCCCGCCUGGCUCCCCAACGACCCAGGAAAGCUGUAGCAUUGCCCCCCUCACACCCUCACAGUCACCAAAGCCAGAGGCCCGAGUUCCCCAGCAGGCCUCCUUCUCUGUGGUGGUCGCCAUUGACUUCGGCACCACGUCCAGCGGCUAUGCCUUCAGCUUUGCCAGUGACCCGGAGUCCAUCCACAUGAUGAGGAAAUGGGAGGGUGGGGACCCUGGCGUGGCCCACCAGAAGACCCCUACCUGCCUGCUGCUCACCCCGGAGGGUACCUUUCACAGUUUUGGCUACACCGCUCGUGAUUACUACCACGACCUGGACCCGGAGGAGGCCCGAGACUGGCUCUACUUCGAGAAGUUCAAGAUGAAGAUCCACAGUGCCACUGUGAGCAAUGUUCUGGCAGAGGAUCUCACCUUGAAGACCCAGCUAGAGGCGGUAAAUGGAAAGAAGAUGCCAGCUCUGGAGGUGUUCGCGCAUGCCCUACGUUUCUUCAAGGAGCAUGCCCUGCAGGAGCUGAGGGAGCAGUGCCCAUCACUGCCAGAGAAGGACACUGUGCGCUGGGUGUUGACAGUGCCUGCCAUUUGGAAACAGCCAGCCAAGCAGUUUAUGCGGGAGGCCGCCUACCUGGCCGGCCUGGUGUCUCGAAUGAAUGCAGAACAGCUACUCAUAGCGUUGGAGCCUGAAGCCGCCUCUGUCUACUGCCGGAAGCUGCGGCUGCACCAACUCAUGGACCUGAGUAGCAGAGCCCCAAGUGGUGGGCGACUGGGCGAGCGCCGCUCCAUCGACUCCAGCUUCCGGCAGGCCCGUGAGCAACUGCGAAGGUCCCGCCACAGCCGCACGUUCCUGGUGGAGUCGGGAGUGGGAGAGCUGUGGGCAGAGAUGCAAGCAGGGGAUCGCUACAUGGUGGCAGACUGCGGGGGAGGCACUGUGGACCUGACAGUGCACCAGCUGGAACAGCCCCAUGGCACCCUGAAGGAGCUCUACAAGGCGUCUGGAGGUCCCUAUGGCGCGGUGGGCGUGGACUUGGCCUUCGAGCAGUUACUCUGCCGCAUCUUUGGUGAGGACUUCAUCGCCACCUUCAAAAGGCAAAGGCCAGCAGCCUGGGUGGAUCUGACCAUCGCCUUCGAGGCCCGCAAACGCACAGCGGGCCCGCACCGAGCGGGGUCGCUCAACAUCUCACUGCCUUUCUCCUUCAUUGACUUUUACCGAAAGCAGCGAGGCCACAACGUGGAGACUGCCUUGCGCAGAAGCAGUGUGAACUUCGUGAAGUGGUCCUCGCAGGGAAUGCUUCGGAUGUCUUGUGAGGCCAUGAAUGAGCUCUUUCAGCCCACGGUCAGUGGGAUCAUCCAGCACAUAGAGGCGCUGCUGGCAAGGCCGGAGGUGCAGGGCGUCAAGCUGCUGUUCCUGGUGGGAGGCUUCGCAGAGUCGCCUGUGCUGCAGCACGCGGUGCAGGCGGUGCUGGGCGCCCGCGGUCUGCGCGUUGUGGUCCCGCAUGACGUCAGCCUCACCAUCCUCAAGGGAGACUGA